GAUACUAAUAAUUAAAUAGAGUAGGAACGAAGGAAUGAAGUACUACUACAUAUAUAUAAAAUCCACAGCCACCCAAGAACACAUAAUAUUUCAAACAAAAAACAGAGCGCAAAUGGAGAAGAAGAACCAGCCUCUGCAAUUUGACGACGACGACGAAGAUGAGGUGGUGUUGUUUGGGACGUGGUCGAGCAGCCGUUGCACGAGGGUGGAGAUAGCCCUAAAACAGAAGGGCAUACCCUACAGGUACGUGGAAGUGGACCUCCAGAACAAGGGCGAGCUGUUCCUCAGCUACAACCCCGUCCACAAGGCGGUGCCCGUUCUGGUUCACAACGGGAAGCCGAUUGCAGAGUCGCUGCUCAUCCUCGAGUACAUCGACGAGUUCUGGAGCGACAGAGGACCUAAGCUUCUUCCUGAGGAUUCUUAUCAACGAGCUAAAGUCCGGUUCUGGUCCAACUUUUGCGAUGACAAGAUGAUCCCAGCCACAUUCCAGAUGGUAUUAACCGGAGGUAAAGCAGAGGAAGUGGAGAAAGCAGUCAAAGAGUUCGACGAGCUGCUCACCUUAUUCGAACAAGGGAUUCAGAGAGAUCUCCCCGCCACGUUUAGUACUCAUCGCUCGGACGACGGCGGCGAAGCCAUGGGGUUUCUGGAAAUCGUGGUGGGUAUAAACGUCUGCAACUAUGCCGCCAUUGAAGAGACCGUCGCCGGGAUGAUCGACGAAGCAAAGCACCCUGCGUUUGCGUCGUGGGUCAACGCCAUCAAGGAAAAGCCUCUGAUGAAGGAGUUGCUGCCUCGCCAUGACCAGCUCGUCACCAAGAUCAAGGGAAUGCUUGCGUCAGUACCCUAGUAAUCAAGGACUCUCAAGUCUCAGUGACGGAAGGAAGUGUCCUCUGUAUAUAUCCUACUUGUCGUUUACAAUGGCAAUGAAAAUAGUUGUUCCCCAAGAAAUUCUUAUUUGAUUG